CCCGGGCUCGGGCGAGCCCCGGCUGUGACGCUGUCCGGGCUGCAUGAAGCUGCGCGGCAGGCCCGGCCUGGCCGUUGCCAUGGGCAGCGCCAUAGCAGCGCUGCUGGUUUUCUAUUGCGCGCUCUCGGGAUCCCAGGUAUUAAGAGCAAUUGCUUUUUACUCCCCUUGGAGGAUAGAGCAACAGCUUUACAAGCUGGAUGUAGGCUGGCCUAAACGUCCAGAAUAUUUCACUGGGCAAACAUUUUGUGUUGCUGUUGACCCUCUCCAUGAUCUGGUUUAUGUUGCACAAAGAGGGGCUAAUGUACCAAAGGUACUAGUGUUUUCAGAUGAAGGAUAUUUCCUGCACGCAUGGAAUUCCACACUUGAAAUGCCUCAUGGUAUCUUUGCAGUCAGCACCCCUACAGAUACCUCAAUAUGGAUCACAGAUGUUGGAACCGGGGAAUAUGGGCACACAGUUAAACAGUACAGUCCUUCUGGUAAACUUAUUCAAGUCCUGGGUACUCAAGGUAAAGCUGGCUCAGGUUUAAAUCCACUGCAGUUUGAUCAGCCAGCAGAAAUAUUUGUGGAACAAACAGGGGAGAUCUAUAUUGUGGAUGGAGAUGGAGGGAUGAACAACAGAUUAUUCAAACUGUCCACAGAUUUCAAGGAAAUAUGGCUGCGUGGGGAAAAUGGUACAGGUGUUGGUCAGUUCAAGAUUCCUCACAGUGUCACAGUGGAUUCUGUUGGACGGGUGUGGGUUGCUGACCGAGGAAACAAACGAAUCCAGGUUUUCAGUAAAGUCACAGGGGAAUGGCUGGGGUCCUGGAGUAGUUGUUUCGUAGAAGAUGGUCCCUCUUCUGUCAGAUUAACUCCCAAUGAAGAAUAUCUAAUUGUAGCUCAGCUGAGUAUUAACAGAGUGACUGUCUUGGCAGCACCACCAAUAGGAUCCAUUGGAGAUUGCCAUGUGGUAAACACAAUCCAGCUAGCUGAUGAGGUUAAACCACACCUUGUGGAUGUAAAUGUGAAGACUGGAGCAAUUUAUGUUGCAGAAAUUGGUGCACAACAAGUACAAAAAUAUGUACCCUUAAACUAGUUGUUUUCUUUGGUUCAUUCAGCACAAGCCAUUUCUUCUGGAUUACAAGAUCCGUGCUGGAUUUCCUUACGUUCAUUGCAGACUGUGCUUCCACUCAUAAGCGCAGCAUGUUGCACCACUAGAAUGUAUAAAAAAAACUGUUUUGUGACCUGCUCUCACUUUUAUUUUCUGUGUCAAACUCAGGGAGCUAUUUUCUCUUGAUCUGUCAUCAUUUGUUUUUACUGGCGUGUUUUGUGUGUUUUGUUUCAUUUUUGUUAGUUGUUGGGAUUUGGAGAAUGCAUAUUAGUUCCAUUUUACCAUGUUUUACUCUGCUUUUAACUUCAGAGUAGUUUUUCCCCUUGUGUCUUGAUAAAUCAUAAGACAUUAGGUUUGUAAUUAUUCUGCUGGUCUAGGCAUAAUUUCCAUUGUUAAUCAAUAUACACACUCUACCUCCAGUGUCCGGGGUGAAUCUUGUGACUUCUUUGCCUAGCCAGUGCACUCUGUUACCUCCUAAGGUUCUAGCUGGCAGAGAGAAAUGUCUACAUAUUUAAUUUUCCAGAAGCCUUGUCCACUUGAGGCCCUGGACUCUAGCUUAACAUUGCUUCAGGUUUCCUUGGCUCUUUAUGCUAACAUUGUCCAACUCGGAACAAAAAGAUGCAGCAUGUCAUAGUCCCCUUGGCUUCAAUGAGACUUUUGGUACUUCUAGCCAGUGCUGAGACUUUAGCAUCUCUGGCAUCUACCUUAGGUUGACUGUUGACAUCAAAGGCGUCAGUUCUUUACUGAUUUAAGCUAAUGCCAUAUAAAGCACUUUAAAUGAAAUUAAGCAUGUCUUCACAAUGAAGUGACACUGAUUUUUAACUAACUGAAUUUCUAAAUUGAUUUAGUUAAAUGGGUACAAGUUUUAUGUGUAAGCAAGGCCUCAAAGUAGAGUGUGUUGAAGCUUAGCACAUCUGAGCUCCGUGCGGCACAUACUCAGGAUUUACUAGGAGACUUUUAAUCAGCCUUAGGCCUGGAGACCUAUAACAUGCUUUCACUCUCUCAAUCUUGUUGAAACUCAGACACAUCAUCUACAGCAAUAUUUGGCCUUUGGAUUAUUGUUUUUUAGAGAUCAGUCUGAUCUUUUAUUCUGUCUUCAGAUUUUCAAGGACAUUAUUUCAAUAUUAAGCUGCGACUUUCCACUUCUUUUUGAGGGCCUUCUGCUAAUACAUCAGCAGCUAAUUUCUCUUUAGCACAGAACUUGCAAACUUCUUUGUGACUGUUCCAGAGGCAUUAUCUUUAUAGUUCUUCCCCAGGAAGUGUUCACCAUCAUGGAUGUCCCAGCAGUUUAAUGUGUUAUUGCUUAGUUCAAUACCAGGUUCACUGAAAUUGAGGUAUGCUCAGUUUAGCCUUGAAGACCUUUCUUGCUACGGAGUCUAGAUCCUUAUGUAACAUGUUAUAGCAACAGUCUACGUGAAUCAUCAAGGAAGAGUCAGAUUUGAUUGCUAUGUCUGGACAUUAUUGCUGCUUUGUUCAGGCAAUCCUGAACAAAGAGGACUUUGUAUAGAUGGUUGUGAUACUGAAAAAGACACUGUACUGGCAGAUACCUUCAGAUUGGCAGCUCAAGAAGCCUUCCAACUGAUGCAGAUAAUGAAGUUCUGCAUGUGCCUUAGAGACCUCUGUGUCUUUGAGACUUGUCACUCAGACAUCAAUUUUUUAAAAACAUUUUUGGCUGACUUUUGCUGCCCCCCUCAUUCUUGGAAUCAGUGGGAACUAGGUGCCUAAAUGCCUUUGAGAAUCUGGGCCAAAUUGUGUUUGUUCAGUUUAUAGGUACUUGUGGUAUGAACAGAUGUCACCUGGUGGUUAGUAGGAAGCUAUCAAACUCCUUUUCACUGCUAUACUUGUGACCUACUCCAAGAGGUGACUGAUAAGUGCUUGAAAUUGAUUUAUUACAAAUAAUUGAGCAAAAUUACAUUUUAGCAUAAUUUGGCAAAAAGUAAGUCAAGCUUUCACAAUGGAGGACCUUACGACUUAGUUUGAAAGUGUUCCUCAUUUCUGUAGUCUGGUGUGAUGACUUUGGCUGCAUGGGAUUUUUUGAUCUGGGGUAAAAUGGGGAAAAAUCAGACUGCUAAACUUGAACUGUUCAUCUAAAUGACAAUGUUUUGUAUAAAAAAAUUUUUUCAACACAUUUUUCCUGAUUUGCACACUGCUUAGUAAAAUUACUUACUUAGAAGCUAAAA